AUGAAGAACAAGGGUCUCUACUUUAUGUUGGUGAUCAUUGUGAUCAACUUUCACCUAAGCAUGGCAACACCAUGGAAAGAGAUAGACUCCAUCAGCAAUGACUUGGAAUCAGAGUUUUCAUUCAGUUCACAUGUGGCCAGAAUGCUGUAUGAUGUGAGCCAAUCUUUGGUUGGCCAAACAGGCAAUAGCGACAACCAAGCUGUAGAUUGUCCACAGACCGAUGGUUAUCGUUCCUGCUUGCCCUCCCAAAACGGUGGUGGCCCUAACAAAAACUGUGGUGACUACACCAGGGAUUGCUAA